UUAACAUUUAUAACUUCAAAAUUCCUGCGUUUUAACCAAAAACAAGUAAAAUAAGACAAUGAUAUGUGACAUAUAAAUUGUUCAUCUGAACAUCUCUUUGCAUAAAAUUUUGAAAGAAUUUGCAAUAGGCUUUUGAUCUUUCUUUUUUUUUUUUUCUAGAAAAGAGUCUACAUGAUGAAAAGGCAUUUGAUACACCUUCAUUUGCUUUAUUCCGUCUGGCUCCGUAACCCCAACAUUUUGUAUUUAAAAAUUACAAACUUUAUCAAUUUCAUUAUAUACAGAGCCAUAAGCAUAAAUAUACACAUAAACCCAAUCAAGAGUACAUGAGGGUACACAUAGUUAGAGAACGUCAAUUUGAAAGUUUUAACCAGGUAGUUUCCUUCUUUGACCAAUUACAGAUUCAUGGAUGCUACCAUUGUAACGGUAAGCAGUCUUAAAACCAUCACCACCAUAAGUUUCAUCGUCAUGAUCACCAAAAUCCACAUGCUCUCCAUGUCUCUCUCGUUUCUUUGGGUUUAGAUGUCAUGUGUAUUCCAAUGGUCCAAUGGAAGUUAUAUAGGUCAAAUGGUGUACACUGUUUAUGGCAAUCUAUUUGUUUGUAUAUUUCUCGCAUUUGACUAGCUACAAUUCUUGUUUAUAGAAACUGAAUUAUGAGUGAUUAAUUGAUUGAAGCUACAACAUAUGCAAUUUGAAGGUACUUCUUGGAUAAUUUCAUAUACAAACAAAAUAAAAAUAAUCUUUUAUAAGAGUAAUUGUAAGAAAUAUUAAUAAAGGAUAGUUACAUAUGGAUUAAGAUAAUUCGUGUAAUAUUACGCAAAUCCUGUUUUGUUAAUAUUUAUAUUGACUCAAUAAAAAAAACAGAAUAUAUUGACCAACAUUUCUCUUUAUUGAAUCAAUAUAGAUAUUACCAAAACAACAAAAUCGGAAUUGACGUAAUAUUAUGAAUUAUUUACUGAAUCCAUAUGUAAUUACCCUUUAUUAAUUUUCAUUACAGUUAUACUUAUAAAAGAUUAUUUUUAGUUUGUUUAUAUAUGAAAUUACCCGAUCAAUAACUUAAAUUACCCAUGUUAUUGCUUCGUUCAAUUAAUCAUUCAUACUUCAAUUUCUAUAAACAUAUGAAUUAUAGAGAGUCAAAUGUGAGAAAUACACAAACAAAUGGGUUGCCAAAAACGGUGUACACAAUUUCACCUAUAUAACUUCCAUUAGAAUACACAUGACUUCUAAGCCCAAAGAAAUGAGAGAGCCAUGGAGAGAAUGUGAAGUUUGGUGAUCAUGACGAUACAAUUAUGGUGGUGAUGGUUUUAAAACUGCUUACCAUUACAAUGGUAGCAUCCGUGAAUCUGUAAUUGGUCAAAGAAGGCAACUAUCUACUUAAAACGUUGGUUGGUCUAUGUGUAUAUUUAUGUUUAGUGUCUUAAAUUUAUGUACAGCAGUAACAGUCCAUCAUUCAUUGGGGGAACCAUAUAAACAUUAUCAAUUUCCCUAUAUAUAAAGCCAUAAACAUAAAUAUACACAAAGACCCAAGAAAGAGUAGAUGUUCUCACACAUAGUCAACGUCAAUUUGAAGAUUUUAAGUGGAUAGUUAACGUUGCCUUUUUUGACCAGAUCCAGAUACAUGGAUGCUAGCAUUGUAAAGGUAAGCAGUCUUAGAACCAUCAUGACCAACAUAACUAUCUUCGUCAUGAUCGCCAAACUCCACAUGCGCUCCAUGUCUCUUUUGUUUGAGCUUAGAAGUCAUGUAUAUUUAAAUGGAAGUUAUAUAGGUGAAAUUGUGAAUACUUAUGUAAACUGUUUAUGGCAACCCAUUUGUUUGUUCAUCUCUCACAUUUGACUUUAUAUAAUUUAUAUAUUUAUGGAAACUAAUUAUCAAUACUAUUAAAACAGGAACAUGACCAAUUGAUGGAAGUUAUGUCCAACUUAAAAUAUAACUGCAUCUAUAUUUUUGCCCCACGUGCCUCCUCUGUAUCUUUUAUCUUAUCUUUUAUGUGUAAUUAAGUGGUUUGGCUAAACCAAAGUUUCUAUCAAUUUCAAAUCUAUUAAGGACAUUUAAUAAAAAAUCGGUUGAUACAACAAAUUCCAAUAUUUCAAUGACUCAUUUCUCAUACACAUAAUAGUCGACGUUUUGUAAAAACAAAAAAUAGUCGAUGUUUUUUGGGUAAAAUAAACAGUCUAUUUGAGCAUGCAAAAAUAAAUAAAUGACUGAUGUAUGCUCGACUAAUAUAUACAACAACUAAAGCUAAGUAAUCAUAUUUUUCAUGCUGGAUGCACAAUAUAAUUUGACAGCAGGUACCUAAUUGCUGUAUAUAAUUAGUCGGUUUCUUUAUAAGAUUUUCUUUUAAAUUUCUAUUAUUUUAUAACAUAGAUUUUGAUUACAAAAAAAAACACAAUUAUGAUUAUAAAAAAAACUACCAAUAUAAAAAUUAAAAUAAAACAUAUACCCACCCUUUCAAAGGGCGGGUCAGAAUCUAGUAUGUGAUUAAUUGAAUGAAGCUACAAGGUUAUGUUUCUAUGUAUAUAUGGAAACUAAUUAUGUGUGAUUAAUUGUGAAUUACGUUGGUCACUUUUGAACGAAGUUGUAAAUAUAUUUCUGGGGUAGUUUCAUAUUCAAACAAUAAAAAUAAUCAAACAAGUAUUAAAAGGGCGAUAUACUGAUCAGAAACGUUGUCCACGUCGGACAGUUUAAUCAACCAAUCAGUAGUUCUUUUUUUGACACGUCAUAUCGGAUAUGUGAUGUUGGGCUACGAUUUUUUGUUGAAGCGAAAGAACGUUAAUGUGUUGGCCCAUCAAGCCCACCUCUAUUGCUAUGGCUUCUUCUUCACGCCGUCGAGAUCUGAGAUGCGAGAGCUCGACGUUUCCCUUUCUCUUUUCUCCAGAUCCCGUUUAGUUAGAUCGAAUCGUGAGACCUUUUGUUUUCCUCUCUUCGUUUCCGUUUCGCGAUCUGAUCCACGAUCAAUCAAUACGUCCCCCAAAUCCUUUGUAUAUUUAAUCUGAUUUAUAGAUUCUCUAAUCCUUUUGCGUUCUGAUCUCAUUUACAAAACUCUUAAUCCGAGAUUUAUUUCGAUCAAACUUGGAUAUCGCGAUGAGUUCGACCGGAAAAUUUACGUUGUCCGGAGAUGCGAGUUCGAAGAAACACAGUGAGCCUUCCGGCCUCUCGGUUGGCGAUCCCCAUUCGAAGAAAUCCAAAGGCGAUGCGUCUGCCUCUUCUCCCGGUCUGAGCAAGCCCAUCGACACGACAUGUGACUCUCCCGGCGUCUCCACCGGCGUAUCUAACUCGAAGAAACCUGAUGGUAAGUGAGCCUGUGUCUUUCGUUAUAUUAUUACAAAAAACUGAUGAUUUGUGUUUUCUCUGACGAUGAAAACGAUCGUAUUUAUUCUGCAGGUCCGACAGUUGAAAGGGCAAAGACAAGUGUAUCCUCCGGCGUUAGAGGCAAGUCCGCUGUUUCUUCUGACGUCAGGGGUAAAGCCAUUGUCUCCGCCAACGUUGUGGAAGUGAUGUUCUUCAAAGAUGUGAAAUUCGGUCCUCAUGAAGGCGAGGUUAGGUUUCGGUUGAUCCACUUUUGGGAAGCUCGGAAUGUUCUGAAGAAAAUUCUUCUCGGACUCGAGAUGCUUCUCAUUGACGAAGAGGGAACUGUUAUCCAGGGCUUCAUCCCAUCUGCAAGGAUCGAUACUUAUUUGCCACACAUGAAAGCGGGUGGCAUUUACAGACUCAACAAUUUUUUUGGGUCUAAGAAUAAGACUCUGUACCGAGUAGCUGAGCCGAGUGUCACUCUCACCUUCUCAUCGACAUCUGCUCUGUCUGUUCUGGAUAACAGUCCAGUGUGUUUCCCUGAUGACCGUUUCCGGUUCUAUGGAUAUGAAGAAUUCGAGGCUGCCUGUGACUUGAAAGGAGAUCUCUAUGACUAUGUAGGCCACAUCAAACUUGUGAAUGGUGAGGUUCCCCAUGAGAGUCUCGUGCUGGAUGAAUCCGAGAUAGCUUCAACCGCCGCGUUUUGCUUCAUGUUCAAACACAUGAGUAAGCUAAUAUAUAUCUUCUUCCAUUUUCAUAUAUUGUUUCUCUUAGCACGCGUGUCUGGAUGUUGUAGUGGCCCCGUGAUGAAGCUAUACCUAUGGGACAAAGCUGCUUUGGACUUCUGUGAAAAAUUAAAAGCAACUGGAGGAACUGCAAAAGUUAUUUUAGUGACCACGCUGAACCCGAAACGUUUUGGAGGUGCCCUAACUCUAUCUUCCAUGACUUCAUCACGGGUAUUUAUGGACAGUGAGGUCCAAGCAACCCGAGAGUAUCUCAAUUGGUUGAUCUCAAACUCGGAUGUCGCGAACAGAGUUGAUGCAGACGUUGUCACUAAAACUGAAACUGUGACCAUAGGCGAACUCUUUUCCUAUAUGAAGCAAGCAGCUGCCAAGGUUGCUUGGUUUGAGUAUACAGCGACAGUUGCUGAUGUUGUGCACGGUUCAAGCUGGUAUUACAUAGGAUGCGGUGUGUGCCACACUAAGGCAACCAAAGGGCCUACCACCCUUAUGUGUAAGAAGUGUGGGAAAAGCACUAUUGUCGGUGUUCCACAGUUUCUAGCCAAUAUUUCUGUGUACGAUGAGAGUGACCAGGCUUUUUUUGUUCUCCUUGGUGAUGCUGGUCAAGAGUUGACUGGAAAGAAGGCAGCUGAAUUGGUUGAGAGCUAUUUCGAGGCCAAUGAGAGUGUAGGAGAUGAUCACAUGGUUCCAGUUCCUCAAGCGCUGUCUGAUACCAUAGGACAGACUCGCAAGUUCAUUGUGAAGGUAUCAAGUCACAAUUUGGAUGGCAAGACCCAGACUUUGACUGUGACAAAGGUGCUCCAGUCGGAAGCUCCAGAAGUUGAAGGCGAGUUGGAGGAAGAUGUGAUUGUCACAGCCGCCCAGAAAACUUUGGAUGAUGGAGGUGCUGAAGAUGAUCCUUCCAUGGACUCUAAUGUUGAGAAGGUCAAAAGAGCUGCUGAAAAUGAUGAAGCAGAGAAUCCUAAGCGAGCCAAAUGUGGCUAGGAUGUGGCUAUAAUAAUUUAAAUGGUAGUACUUAUGGUUUCUAGACGUUUAUGCUUUCUUCCUUUUCAAUUUUAAACUUCCUCUUUGCAACAAUUGAAUGUCUUUUUUAAAAACUCUUUUUGGUUGAACUCAUGUUAUUGCUUUUUUCUAUGUUUGAUUCUGCUCUGAUUAUUUGUUGCGAUACUCAUAUACAAAGCAUAAAAUGUUUGACAUAUACUA